CAGCUUGAAAACUUCAAACUAAGAAGACUGGUAAAUCCAUCAAUUGGGCAAAGUGAAUGUGGAGGAAACAAUAUACAGCUGUGCCUGUCAACUGCAUUUACAAAACAUGACCAACUGUGCACCUUCUAGACUUCUCCGAAGUGCUUCUAUUGGGCGCUGUGAUUUUGAGUUUGAUUUUUGUGAUUGGAAGCAAGAAGAAAAUGGUGAUUUUGACUGGCACCUCAGAACUAGCAGUAGUACUAAACUGGGUACGGGACCAGCUGCUGAUCAUACACUGCAAGAAGUGUCUGGCCAUUACAUUUUUAUAAAGAGUUCUUUUUUUCAGCUGCCGGGACAAAAAGCUAGGAUUUCUAGCCCUGUGUUAAGCAGGAUGAAUAAAAAGUGCAAGAUAUUUUUCUAUUACCAUAUGUAUGGAGUUCACGUUGGAUCAUUGAUUGUCUACCAGAUGACUAUGUCAAAACAUGAAAAAAUCCUCCUUAUUCUUACUGGAAACCAGGGAAAUUUCUGGCAAAGCAAGGCACUGAACCUGGUUGGAGAUGGAAAAGAAGAUUUCCAAGUCAUAUUUGAAGGGAUAGUUGGAACAGAUCUCAAAGGUGGCGUAGCACUUGAUGACAUCACAUUAUCUCGGGAGUGUUUACCAUCCCAGGAGUUUAUACCAGCAGAAUCCACAACACUGCCUCCAACAGACUCUAUCUACUUAAUGGUAGAUGCAACUCCCUGUGGCAACACUGGAAACUCUAAAAGUUCUGAUUUUGAUUGUAAAGUAUGUUCCAAAACCCUUUCAUGAUGUAUAUAAUAAAAA